AUGAAUAACCUUAUUCUCCAUAGUAAAGAUUUGAACAUUUAUCAUAUCUCCCUUUUUGCUUUCGCUAGCACUGUGGUUUAUCUUACAGGACUAGCAAUAUAUCGACUAUAUUUUCAUCCCUUGGUAAGUUGAACUGUAUAAACAAAAUGUAGUAAACGAGAGGAAGUUUUGUUGAUUCUAAUCUUGAGUAGGCCAAAUUUCCAGAUCCUCGUCUUGCAGCUUUGACGCAAUGGGUAGAAACAUAUUACGAACUCUUUAACAAGGAGGGUGGUCAAUUUUAUUUUGCCUAUACAGACUGGCAUAAGAAAUAUGGCAAUGAAUUCCUGUAGGACGUUGAAGUUGGAUUACUGAUGGAAUACUAUAGGCCCAAUCAUUCGAAUCAGUCCCAAUGAGCUACAUAUUCAAGAUUCAACGUUUUAUAACACUCUCUAUUCAAUAACCAAACAUUACGUUAAAGUCGCCCAUACUCAAUAUCGCUUUGGACUACCUCUCUCUUCUUUCGCCACCUCCAACUACAACCACCACCGUCUACGUCGUGGGGCAAUAAAUCCUUUCUUCUCAAGACGCAAGAUUAUGGAACAUUCACACGCGGUUCAGAAAAAGGUGGAUCGUAUGUGCGAAAGGUUGCAAAAUGAUUCCAUGGGCGUUUCGAGAGUUUUGGGACUGAAUGAGAUGUGGGGAUGCCUGACGUCUGAUGUUAUUGUGGAAUACUGCUUCGGAAACACUUACAAUUUCACCGAAACACCCGACUUUAAAGCUGAAUUACACAAGCAAUCGUAGCCCUGAUCGAACCUGUUCAUUGUUUGGCACAGUUUUCUUCUUUGGCAACCCUUGCUCAGAUACUCCCCGAUAGCCUGGUACGCUGGUUGUCGCCUCAGAUGUUUUCGGUUCACAAAUUCAACAAUGUAAAUCCUCUUUUACUUACUUUUUUUCUGCAGACAUGAAAUUCAGAGUUGACAAAUUUCGUUUCCGCAGGACAUGAUAGACCAAGUUCAGCAGAUUAUCGAUUCUAGAGCGCGAGACGGAAAGUCAGAUGGCAAGAACACAGUAUUCAAAGCUCUCUUAGAUUCCGACCUGCCCCCGGAAGAGUUAUCCCUCCAUCGAAUUCAGAAUGAAGCAGUUAGCCUCGUCGGUGCAGGACUCGAUACUACAGCGAAAACUCUGAGUACGACAUGCUUCUACCUUCUCUCAAACCCUUCGGUGUUGCAGAAGCUUCAGGAAGAACUCGACCAUAGCAUGCCGGAUCCAGCAGAUAUGGUAUCAUACGAUGAGCUCGCGAAGCUCCCAUAUUUGAGUGCUGUUAUCGAAGAAGGUUCGCUGGAUGUGUAAAUUGUGAAGAGAGAACCCUGCUGAUUAAAAAUUACAGGACUCCGCUUAGCUUAUGGAGUCGUUGAGCGAUUGCCAAGAAUUAUCAGCGGCUCUCCUUUACCAUAUGGAGACUGGGUACUUCCAACCGGGUUCCCUGUUUCAAUGGAUGACCAUGAUGUCUUGACAGAUAAUGCAAUAUUCCCAGACCCCGGAGAGUUUAGACCUGAACGCUGGUUGGGUGAUGCUGUCGCACCAGAUGGAAAGAAGUUAUCGACGUAGUAAGUUUAAGUCUCCUUUCCCAAAAUCGCCAAUCCACUAAGCUCCAAUCGCUUAUCAGUAAUCUAGCCAAGUAUCAUUCAGUAAAGGACCUCGUGCAUGCGUUGGCCUGCAACUUGUAUACGCUGAGGUGACCAUGGGAACUGCAUCAAUAUUCCGAAGGUUUGAUCUUACCCUCCAUGAUACCGACAGAGCAUCUGUGGAGUAUUACAUGAAUUUAGUCGUGCCAAGACCAAAACCAGGCGUACAUGGUGUGGAAGUAUUUUUACAAUCAUUGAGAGCAUAA